AGAAUUAUUGAAGAAACUAAGUACUAAAUCUUAGAUUAUUAAAAUGUAAAAUAUAACCUUGAAUAGGAUAAAAAUUUUGGUGAGGAGGUGACAAUAAACAUUUAUAAUAAACCCAAGUUUGAGUUGAUUACAUUUUAUCAAGGAGGACUAUAAGACAACAAAUAUGACGGAAAAGGCUUGAUUAAAGAUUGGAUAAAUAACUAUGAGUAUGAUGGAUACUGGAAGGAAGGCAAAAAGGAUGGAAACGGAAAAUUAAAAAUACUAAAUACAGAAGUCUUACUACAAAAUGAAUUUUCAGAAUUGGUUGUAGAAUAUUCAGAUGAUUAUUUAUCAAAAGGAAAAUCUCCUGAAAGUGAGGAUUAUUAAAUAAAAUCAUAUGAGAUAGAAUUUUUUUGGGAUGAAGCUUUGAAAGUCCAUAAACACGAUCGUAAAUAUUUUAUAACAUUUGACAUUUCUAAAUUGUGUAAAAUAUUUGGUAGUAAAUUGAUUGAUCAGCUGCGAAGUAUCAAGAAUUCACUUAGUAAUUGUAGGAAAGCCAGAUGA